CCAGCAUUUGAGUGUUUGGAGCUGUUAGAGCCACUUGCCACAGUCCACCGACAGCCGGGCGCAGUCAGACGCCACGCAGCCACCAGCUUAUCCGGUCAACCAGUGCGCUCUCGUCGACACCAGACCGAGCCGAGCCAGAGCCGAGCCACAGAGCCUAGUUGACAUUAACGCAGUAGUCCUUAGCAGUAGCAGCAGCAUCCUCCAAUCAAUCGGCCAACACGCGUAUAACCGACAGCAGUAGCAGCAACAAUAGUAGCAGAAGAAGCAUGAAGCCAUUCCGCAGCUGGAGUAGCGCCACGGUCGCGUUGGCCGCCAUCGUCCUGUGUGCAGGGUUAGCGGUGGCCGCACCGGGUGUACGCGUCAAGCGAGGUGAAGCAGAGACCGGGGAAGUGGUCGGAACGUCAGCCGAUACCGCCGUCAACCCGCUCACAAACGAGGAUGCGGUAAUCAUCGGAGACGACCUUGACCGUGACAAGCGAAAAGUGCCGGAUCCGAAGUACGAGACCAAGAAUGCCAUCCUGGGUUUCGUGUUUGGAAAAAUCAACUCAUUCAUCGACGCAAAGACGCGCUUCAUCGACAAGCUGGACCACGCCAACAUCGAGAAGAACAAGCAGCACCACAUCGAACCACCGAAGCCAGUGCCGGACUUCCAGUCGUUGAUCUCGUCCGUCAUCACGCCCAAGGUGCAGUUCAUCACGUCGAAGAUCGGCUCGCUGAGCGGUAGCUUCCUCGGCGGUUCGUCCGGCGGUGGCCACAGUGACGACGGUGACGGUCACGGUAGCGGGGGUAGCGGUGCGCCCGCGCUCGGCAACAUAGUCUCGUCGCUGCUGAAGCUGUCCGGUCCGAUCCUGUCCGGCUCGUCCGGUGGCGGUGGCCACGGUGGCUCCAACACGGUCUCGCUCGGCGAUCACGACGAUGACGACGAGUAGAGCGGGCCCACCAUCCCACAUCCCCUUCCCACACUCCUCGGGUAUCUAGAUAGAUAGGGAGGUACAUGGCGCAGUUCAUCGCAGCAUUCACCCUCGCCCUCCAUUGUCAUCAUCUCCAUCACCCCCCCUAAGCGUCGAUCAACCGCCGGAAGCAGCAACCGGAGCAAGCGGACCCAUAAGGAUCAUCAACAAACCCGCAACCACAAGCAACCAAUACAAAUUGCAAAGAGGGCGAGAGAGAGAGAGGAGGAGAAGGAGGAGAGCGAGAGAAAGAGAGAGUAGGAAGCCACCACACAUUAGUGGCGUGCUCGUGACGUCACAAGGGGGUGGUGCAACACCGCUGGUGUAAUGCCUCUUAUUUAUGUUGAUUAAUAAUCGUAGCCACCUACCAUACCUGCGCCCCCUUCAACACCUUAGCUUCUACAAGCCCCGCAUCUAAAGGCCACGUAAAUCCUGGGACACCUGGGACGUCUCGAGGGUGGCCCGCCUGUUUGGGGGUGUGGGGAGGGAAUUCGAAAACGGGACCCAUUCUUCGGGUACUAGCCAGACGAGCCAGCAAUCAGUCACAGAUGCCUCUAUCUUUCUCGUUUUCUAUUUCUCUCUCUCUCUCCCCCCCUUUCUCUCUCUUUCCCUCUCUUUCUCUGUCUCACACACUUUCUGUCUCUUCUGAUCUAAGAAAUCCCUGUCAGCAGAAGCAGGGCUUCGAUGUAACUCCUCAACUGCACUCUGUUAUCCCUUCCAGUUACUCAUUUCCUCUUCAUAGUUUUCCCUCCGAUAAGGCGUUUUUGGGACUCCUUACGAAUCCUGGUUCUACUGCCUUGGCCGCUUCCAGCAUGCGAAGAGAAGAAGUCAAUCUCUCUCUCUCUCUCUCUCUCUCUCUCUCUCUCUCUCUCUCUCCCUCUUUCUCCCUCUUUCUCUCUCUCUCUCUCUCUCUCUCUCCGUCUUUCUCUCUCUAUCUUUCUCAUUUUCUCUCUUCCUCAAACCUUUAGUGGAGGUAAACAGAUAACAGCAGUACGCGUCACUUUCAACCGACUCUAUCCGCGUACCCUUCUUCACCCCAAUAUUCACACCUACCCCCCGCCCCCAACCACCCCUUCUCCUCGGUGUAGCAUUUGUAGGUUGGGCGCUUUCUUCGCUCUUUUGCUGGUUUUGUUUUGUUUUGUUUUUCUGUUUGUUUUCUUUUGAUUAGUUGAAUCCGGCCUCCAAUAGUGUUUAGCAAUUGCAUGCGCCAUGCUGAAUGGCAGGGUGCGGAAGGGCCGGGGGAGCAUGUAGGGAGUAUAAUUUAGAAUGAAUGGAUGAGGGAGAGAGAGAGAUAGAGAGAGAGAAAGAGCAAAAAGUAGGGUUGAGUGCGAAACAAAUCAAAUGGUAAAAUGAAAGAAUGUUAGUAAAUCAUACACACGUACAUACGUAAACUCACACUAAAAAAAUUAUAAAAAAUAAUGGAAGGAAAAAAGGUGAAAGUAGAGCUUACACUAGCUCAGAUGCCUGUUUGUGUGUUUGUGUGCGCGCGUAUGUGUGUAGAUAGCUGGUGGUGUGCUACGAUCUAGCAAACCAGCCGAGCUUGAACGCUUGGUAGCUGCACAUGCUCACCCACACCCACUCGCACACACACACACAUGCUUACACACGCUCUUAGCAUUCGUAACUCUUAUAACGAAAUGUAAAUAAUGGAAUUAAUAAAUGGAGAAAAAACCUUAU